AUGGACUCUCAACAACGCCCCGCCCGGAAGCCUCGCCCGCUCUUCAACAUCUUCCGCAAGAACAAGCCUGUUGAUGUGCCUCCACCCAUAACAACUCUUGGGUCAGGCACAACUGCUGUUCUGAUGUCUUCUAUCGUCACCUCGGAUGAUCCUUACGCUCCUCAUCCUUCCAUACGCUCGCCACGCUCACCCGAUCCUCGCAACCGUUACCACCAAACGAUAGCUAAUAUACAACCACAACCACAACCACAGCCACAACCACAAAAACAAUCAGAUAUUCGUCAAGAGCGCUCAACUCCUAAUGAUAAACCAAGCGGCAGGCCCCGCUCAAAAUCAGUUGGCAGAGAAGCUCAGCGUGCUCCCCCUCGUCUAUGCCAUCGAAGUCUAACCGCCCGCGAACAAACACUAUACAAACUAUGCCAAAAUGAGCAGCCUACACCGGCCAGUCUAGCCAAUACCCCCCUCUCGCCCUCUCCGUCUCCCUCUCCGUCCCCUUCUCGAUCUGCAAAAAGACUACAAACGCCAGCAGCACCGCCAGUUCCUCCAAUUCCAGCCCAUCACCAGUCGCCUCUGAUGACGCCAAUGAGCCCUCUCAGUCCAAACUUUGCUGUCCCUAUUAGCCCGAUUCCUAUGCCAUCUCUUCGCAAAGCAUCAUCAGCCCGCGAUCUGCGAAAGAUCACUCGACAUCAACAAGAGGCUCAACAGCCGGCUCUGCACACAAUGCCCACACUUCCCCCGAUCAUAAACGCCAAUAUGAACCGAUCAAAAUCUCUCAAUGCACCCAAAAAGACAUCUAGACGGCCUAAAGCUAGCAAUAAUAGCAAUAACGGCGAUGAUGAUGAUGACAUGCCACUUGCAUCAACUCUUCUUCGACAGGCAAAGGCUAAUCGAUCACUCUUAAAUGACGAAGAAGAGGAGGAUGACAAGGAUUUGGUUCCUAUAGCGACAUUGUCUGACUGUAGCCCACACAGAAGUCCUCCGGUAGGACUAAAGUCUGCUGCAGCAAAGUACAAGGAAAAAGUGAAGGAAAGACUUCAAUUGGAUGAUGAUGACAUGCCUAUCCAGAUCGCACGGAUGAGAUCGAGGAACCCAUUGGGGGGAGGAGUAGGAGUAGGAGCCGGCGUGUCUGACCAUCAUAACCAUCAUCAAUGGAUGCCCCAGCCAGUAAAAUAA